AUGAAUGUGCCAGAUUAGCGAGCGACCGAAAAGGACGGGCUAUAACUAGAAAGUUGUGCAGCCUUUUCGUUUGCAAUCUUUUGGCACCUUUUCCAUGCCCUACGGGUCCCUACGAGACGAGUCACCGGCGGACGCAAUGAACAUAUCCAAGAGACAGCAACGGCGAACAGAGUUUAUAGAACGGAAUCGGGAACGAAUCGACAGACUUGUGGAGAAGUACGGCACGUCGGAGGAGAUACAGAAGCAGAUCGGCGUGCUUGAGAGGAAGAGUGGAGAGGGCCAGCUAGGGGCCCGAGGCAUCAGCGACCUGGAGGUGCUACAUUCUCAGUACCGUGUGCUACGGGAGUUUGAGCGGAGUGGUGGGAAACGGGCGGAAGAAGAAGGCCGCAGUGCAGAGGGCAGAGGAGGCGACAGACCUCGACAGGAAGAGACCGGUGACGGCAUACGGGUGCUCUCGUUGAAGGAGAAGUCUGUGUUCUGGGACGCAGAGUUGAACCCGUUGGGACGGCAGCCCGUGAACGAGGUGAAGCUGAACUACGGAUUCAGGGGCGAGUACCAGGUGCCGUUUGCAAGCAACGUCGGGGAGUCGGAGGCGGAGCAGGUGAGCUUCCCGACGAGGGACAAACCGCAGUUCUACCGUGUGGACGAUAACAAGACCGUGUACGGAGAGAUGUAGCGAGAGAUAGACGUUACGAUGAAUCUUUUGCAUUGAGGCGUACAUAGAGCGGGUGCUGUGCACCGUCUACAUAGUGGUUCAUGAAAAAUAAAUAGAUAAAUAAAUAGACAUCAGUGGAUCAAUAAAUAAAGUGUAGCAGGGUGUGUGAUGCAGCGGAGAGUGCGCAGCGCAGCAUCACAGCGGGCGGCGCCACGGCAUCUAUUUCUCCUUUGCGAACAACUUCUCGACAUCGGUGACGGCCUGGGCCAAGAUCUUG